UAUUCCCACAAUGCAUCUGGGGAAGCUUUCCCGGUGCUGUUGCUGCAGAGCCAGCCAGCGCGUCCUCCUCGCUGCUCCCCCCACCCCCGCCUGAGUCGCGGCCUGGCCAGGGCCCCCCCAGCGCCCCGACCGCUCUAUGCUCGGCUCUGCCUGCGGAGCCCGGCUUCCCCCCCCGCCCCGCAUGGCUCGCUGCCUCUGAGCGGGGCCAUGGAGGAGCCGGGCCAGGGGGCUGGCGGGGGGCCCCGGGCCCGCGCCGAGGGGGCCGCCGCGGAGAGCGAGAUCCAGAAGGCCGUGGAGUUCAAGGUGGAGGGGAACCGCUGCUACAAGGAGAAGAAAUUCCGGGAGGCCAUCGGGAAAUACCACCGCGCCCUACUGCAGCUCAAGGGGGUGCAGGGCCGGGCCGGGGCAGGCAGCCCGGAGCAGAGCCCGCCGGGCCCAGGGCGCUGCCCGCUGACCGAGGAGCAGCUGCGGCUGGUGGAGAGCACCGAGGUCGAGUGUUACGACAGCUUGACGGCCUGCCUGCUGCAGUCGGAGCUGGUGAACUACGAGCGGGUGCGGGAAUACUGCCUGAAAGUGCUGGAGAAACAACGCAGCAACUUCAAAGCCACGUACCGUGCGGGCAUCGCCUCCUACCACCUCGGCGACUACGCCCGCGCCCUGCUCUACCUGAAGGAGGCCAAGAGCCGGGAGCCCGCAGACACCAACGUGGUGCGCUACAUCCAGCUGACGGAGCUGAAGAUUCUCCGCUGUGGGCAGCGGGCCGGCUACAAGGAGCUGAUUGCGUAGGGCCGGGGGGCUCCCCCCACGCCGGCCCCAGCCCCCCACGAGCCCCCCACGAGCCCCCGGGGGCAACGCUCGCUGUCCAGCUUUCUCCUUUCAGGCCGUUUCCUCCCCCUUGCGAGGAGGUGGCUGGGGAGGAGCACUGGGGGGGGGUGAGUCCUACACGCACAAUGACCCCGGCCCACUUCUAGCCCCCACAGUGAUGCGGGGGGGGGGGGUUCCUGCCCCAGCUGCUGGAGUGACCCCCCCCCCAGGCCCACGGCAGCAGCCUGCGGCCUGCUCUAGCCAGCGCUGGGGGGGGGACAGCUUCUCUCCCCCCCCCCCCCAACUCUGGUGUGGGGAUAAAUUGACCCCAUAGCAUCAAGCAAAUUGUCCCCUGUGGUUUCCUGGGGGGGGGGCAGAGCGGCUGUGCCCCCCCCCCACUGCUGGCUGCUGCCCCCUCCAUGGGGCUUUGGGCAACCCCCCAAUUUCACAGCACGCCGUGGGGCCCUGGACUCGUUUCCCUCCCUGCCCCCCUCCACCCCCCCAGCUCGGGAACCAGCUCCAUGUCAGGGCUGCCCCCCGCCCCCAACACGGGCUGGUUGGGAUCCCAGGGGCGGGGGCUACAGAAGAGCCCCCCCCUUCCCAGCAGCCCCCCAACUGUGACUAAGGACCAGUGUAGAGCAGCUGGGCCCCUGCUGGGAGCGACAUGGGCCCUGGGGGGGGGGCACCGAUGUGGGGGGAGGCAGUGGGGGGGGGCGUGGACUCCCUGGCACCUUGCGGGAUACUGUGAUUUCUUGUUGAAGGUUUAUUUAUCUCCCCCUCUGACCCCCCAGGUCGAUGCUAUAAAAACUAUGUUGAUUU